AUCGUUUUGAAAAUAUGUUUGGAACUAGUACAAAUACGUAGAUUUGAAUUAUACAUCUAAUAACUUUAUUUGGCAGUAAUCAAUCAUUAUUUACGAGUUGAUAUUACUUGAAAACGCACGCAUAUAGUAUACAAAUUAUAGGAGGAAGAGGGAAAAACUGACAGAAGAGAACAAGACGAAAUACGAGGAAAGCAACAGCAGCACCGAACCAAAACGGAAAGAGGGUGCCGCAGCAGCCUCACUGAGGAGCGAAACCACCACGUCGCCAUUGAAAACUUGAAUUUUGGUCUCUUCGUAGAGAGUAGAAACCAACUGAUAAUUUAUUUGUGAAAGGUCUUGCCUUAGUAAUGGGUGCUCCUAAGCAGAGGUGGACGCCAGAAGAAGAAGCUGCUCUUAAAGCUGGCAUUAACAAAUAUGGAGUUGGAAAAUGGAGUACCAUCCUUAAAGAUCCUGAAUUUAAAACGAUCUUGCGAUCACGUUCUAAUGUGGACCUUAAGGAUAAGUGGAGAAAUAUGAAUUGCAUGGCUAAUGGAUUAGGAUCUCGGAGAGCUGGUGUUGUACAUAAAAACAGUCAGGUGGCCCCAAAGCAUGAUGAAGGCACUUCGAUGGAUAGCUUGGCUGUUGAGAAGGAUCCUGUAGUUCUUGAUGCCAAGCCUCUUUCAGAAGUGUACGUGACCACCAGGGAUGCUAAUUUGGAAAACCAGAUUUCAAGGAUGGAUGAUCUAAUAUUGGAUGCUAUAACAAAGUUGAAGGAACUUCGAGGAUCUAGUCGGCAUGCGAUUGCCAAAUACAUAGAGGAUCAUCAUUCAAUGCCUCCAGAUUUAGAAAGGAUUUUGACUGCAAAUUUGAUGGCAUUGACAGAAAAGGGAAGAUUGGUUAAGGUAAAGCAUCAGUACAGAAUUGCUCCAAGGUCAAUAUCGUUGGACAAAGGGGAAGAUCCAACCUCAUCACAUGCAGACGGAGCAAAGGACUAUGUGGAAGGUCUGAGAAAUGGUAUCAUUAUACUUACCAAAGCCCAGAUUUUCGCUGAGCUAGAGAAGAUGAGGAGCAUGACCGCGGAAGAAGCUGCAGCGGUUGCUGCACGAGCAGUUGCAGAGGCAGAAGCUGCGAUGGCAGCAGCUGAGGUGGCAGCAGUGGAAGCAGAGGAGGCGGAGAUUGAGGCAGAAGCGGCACAAUGUUUUGCCGAUGCAGCUCAGAAGGCUCUUACCUGUGUUUCUUUUCGUAGUGCUCGAUUGGAGUACAUGGAUAUGUAAGUUAGACUGCACUUCCACUUAGUUGCAAUGGCUUAUAUGAUUUAUUUGACUAGUGAAGUUGUAAAUACAAUUUUUGUCAUGCAUCUCAAUGUUUGAUAGAUUUUCCUUUUAUUGCCUUUUA